GGCGGAUUGUCUCUGUUUAUUCCUGUCUGACACUGAAGACUGCGCUCGAACCCAUUUGUUUAUCCAAAGAAUAAGUAUGCCCAGUCGGUGCUGUAUCGUCGUGCACGUGGGUGCUGGGACACACGGCGAGUCAAAGGUCAAGAGAUACAAACAGGCAAUGCGCAAUGCCUGCCAACUGGCGAUUGAAAAGCUGAGGGCUGGGCAUCCAGCGCACGAAGUCGUUGAGAGCGCGAUCAGGGUUCUGGAGGACGACCCCGUUACCAACGCCGGCAUUGGAUCGAACCUCAAUCGUCUGGGUCAAGUCGAAUGUGAUGCUGCGAUAAUGGCAACUCAUCCCGACGCAUUUGGAGCUGUUGGUGCAAUCGAAGCAAUCCGCAAUCCGAUCGAAGCUGCACACGCAGUGAUGCUGAAGUCGAGCCAAGUUGGCCAUGGAGCUGAUGAGUGGGCGCGAAGCAACAGCGUUGUGACGGACGACAACGUGCGGCACAAGAUCACGGAGGAAGCCAUGCACAAAUACGAAACGUAUAUGAAGCAGGUAACUGCUGAUAAGGCAGAUGCUGUUAAUGACGAAGCCAUGCAAGAUACUGUUGGCGCUGUAUGCAUCGACAUGGAGGGAGACGCUUGUGCAGGAGUCAGCUCGGGUGGUAUUGCCUUGAAACUGCCUGGCCGGGUCGGUGAGGCUGCCAUGUUUGGGUGUGGGUGCUGGGCCGAGCGGAGUACCAAGAGCGACGCUGUUGCGUGCAGUGUCACAGGCACUGGCGAGCAGAUUAUGCGCGUGAUGCUGGCCAGGGAGUGUGCGCAGAAAAGGGGUGACAUGUUCACCGUUCUUAACCAGUGCUUUGCUGCGCAGAUUGGUGUCGGUACAGCGGCGGGCAUACUCACCCGUGGGAUUCUGCUCCCAGGGCCUGUCGAGAACACCAGCGCUGUUGGCUAG